AUGGCAACAUCAUUGUACUUUAUCAAAAUGAGGAAAGGUAAGUCUAUUCGAAGCAAAAAUAAGUCUUCUCUUCAACCGGCAAUAGGUAUAUUCAUUUUGAGUCACUAAUAACUAUAUACAGUAUUAAUAUUAGUUAGUGAAAUGUGUAGAGUAUAAAUGUACGAAGUUUAAGAAAUGUAGUUGAAAAGGGUACAUUAAUAAGGAAUAAAGGACAUAUUAAGGGCACGACGUAAUUUGAAUUUUAUUUUCGUAAUAGAAGCCGGAAUAGUGCAUUAAAUUAAGCUAGAGUUUCUUCCUUUGUGUAGGAUUUAUGUAUAGGAUUUAUCUUAAUGAAAAGGUUUGGCGUUGGACAAAGUGUGUUUUGAAGGCCAUUUGUUACUAUUAGUGUACAAGCCAUAAGGCCUGUGAUUAAAUAUUAACGGCUGCAAAGUAAAAUAUUAUUAAGGUAAUUCACACUAGAUUACGCGAAGAGGAAAAUUAAGAAUUAUUAUAUAGACAACUACCGAUACAAGUUAUUCUGCAAUCUGCUGGCAUGGCUAGCUCUCUAUACUCGCAGGAUAUUAGGUCAUAUUCUGCUAGUGGAGAAAACAAGAUGUCAUUAAUUAUUAAGGGUGCAGAGCGGCUAAACAUUUUUUCGGGGGGGGGGCAGGAUUUUCACAACAACCAUUUUUGGAGGGGUAAUUUUUUAGGCAGAUAGCGUCCCAAAUUCUUGGGCACCUUUUCAGGGCGACAUUUAAGAAAUAUAAAAUAUCUAUACAGUUAUAGAAACACGCGUAGAAAUUUGGGAGAACGAGAAAUAAUUAGUGAAAAGACCAACGGGACUAAAAGAUGUUUUCCUGUGAAGAUUCGGACUCCCUAGCUGUGAAGAUUGAGAGACGCCAUGCAUUUAUUUUAUUUUCACAUAGGUGGUCCAUUGCCAGCACCUGCUAUUCUAUCAACUCAUAUAGUAGAUGUUGAAGAAGAAUGUUCUCUAAAAUGCCUGGAAGAACUUCACUGCUUUGGAUUUAAUUUUAACUCAGGAUCGAUAACCAAUAAAUAUGCAAGUAAAUCGAAUUGUCAAAUCAGUGGGAGGAAUUUCGAAGAUAUGGAAAUCAUGGACGGCAAUGAUUGGGUAUAUUAUCAGGUUUUGUCAACAGUGAGUAAAUAAACUUUCAUCUUUACGCCCCUGGUUGUAUAAGGAGUUAGCCGAGAACUGUAAAGUAAAAAUUGUUGUACGUAUGUUACGAAAGUAUAUCUAAAUAGUGUAAAAAUAGUUCAGUUUGUACCCCAGGAAAUUAUAGAUACUAGUUACGUCAAAUGGAGAGAUAAUGAGCAUUUUUGCUGUAAAACGCAGAUAAAGUAUAUAUCAUUUCGGACUUGUGUAAAAGUGUCAAUUAUCUGUCCAUUAGGCAAGAUAAAUAAUUUGUCAAACUGUCAAAGAUGGACGAUAACCUUGCAUGGUGGGCUGUUGUGUUUACAUAAUUCAAAGUCCAAGGCUGGUUCUUCUUUGACAUGAAAAUGUGCAUGCUUAGGGCAUUUCUGUCAAUCAUUCUUCGGUAUAUUUCGCGCGGUUGGGUAAUGAUAACAUUACGUCAUCAAAAUUUUGGUUCGAUAAAUUUUGGUUCACAUAGAGAUAAGUUGAAGUUUUUACUAUGAUAUUUUGAUGAGUAUUUUAAGUUGUGAACAUAUUUUAACAUUGCUCGAUUGAACAGCGAACCGACUCGACAAGUGCGACAACGCCUUAAAUAAACAGAAUGUGAGAGCUGGAACGAGCUACCAACGCCAACCCACACUUUUAAACCUCAACGUUGAUUGGCUGGAUGCAAAUCACACCACUUGCUACAUCACGUGUACAAGAUUCCCUCAACCGUUAGUAUAAAAGGGCGUGCACAACCCAAAUUCGUCAAUGGACAGUGGACUAUAGAGUGAAAUAAAGUGAACUUUAGGAAACUACUACGAGAAGACGAACAUUAUAUUAAGAACUGAUAGUUAUUUAAGAUUGAUUGUAACGAUUCACUACCUAUAAAUAAAGCCUCGUAACACGUAAAUUGAAUUUGAUAACGUUCAAAGCGCUGUGGCAACUAGGAAAAUGUAAUGAAAUUAAAUUAAAAUUCUCAUGAUAAAUUUUACGUCCCCACAUAAAAAUCUUUAUAAGCAUUAUUGAGCAUUAAAGCAAAAUCCCUGGCAAAUAUUUGAAAAAGGUUUUUUCCAACACGAUUUCAUAUAGCAUUUAAAAUUUCCAAAUGUUCUCUUUCCAUAGAAUGAAAUGAAAAAUCAGACUGAGAAGCAAUUGGGUAAGUUCCAAUUAACUUUACUAUUUCCAUAUAUAUCUUUUGUCUUUUGUCCCCCUCUGUAACAAAGUUUCUCCCCGCACGUCUGAAUUAAUGCAGAAUUUUAGCAGAUGGGUCAUGCAACCUCGCAAGCCCCAGGGUAUUUACGUCCGCACGGCGCUCUUUGCUGAGCGCCGUGCGGAAGUAAAGACCCUGGCCUGGCUUGCGAGGUUGGCGAUGGGCAGCAAUUUCAAGUUAGUGAAAAUUUCAGCAGACCGUUUUUUGUAGGUUGUAGUAAUAAUUAGUAGUAGUAAUAAUUCUCGCUGCUCGCUUUUGCAAUUUAUCAUGUAUACUACGUAUAUAUGAGCAGUUUCGAUCGUUCCACAAGGUGGAACAUUAGAUAGCUUAAAAUCUACGACGUCGACGUCAGCUAGGACGUCAGGGCCAAGCAGAGGACUGGGACUAGGACGUCGUCCUAAAUAAAUAAACUUCCACUUAAGAUUCACGACGUCGACACUUAAACUAUAAAUAUUUACAUCCUUUUGAAAAUGAAUUUCAAAGAGACGUGUGAAUCCCGCCCCUGAUUACUGUUUGUUAUGCUCUUGUAUCCAAGACGGUAAAACUCUUGUUGUGAGGUUGUCGACGUUUGGUGGACGACGAGCAAAUUGAGAGAGACACAUGCACACUUCAAAAACAAAAUCUUCGUCGUUUGCAUUAAUCACUCUUUCCAGAAUAACAACAUUCUUUUUUUUUCUAUUUAGAUCAAAAUUGCCCCGACAACUGGACGAAAUUUGGCGGUGAUCGCUGUUACUAUGUCAGUGAGAAAACUGCCACGUGGGCUGCUGCACGAGCUGACUGUCAAGCACGUGGUGGCGACUUGGCGGUACCAAGAUCUGCGGAAGACAGUCAACAUAUUUACGAGGUUGUGAACGAGCGCAAUGUCAACAGAGUUUUGAUUGGAGUGUACAGAGGUGCCGGAAAUCUCGCUAACAAGUUUUACACCGUAGGAUCAGGCGUCGAGGUAUCGUAUACCAAUUGGAAGCGGGGCGAACCAAAUGGCAAUGACGGCUCUGAAAACUGCGUCGCCGUCAAAACACCGACAACGAAAGCUGCGUGGAUUGAUGUAUCUUGUGACUACCCUCGAUAUUUUAUGUGUGAACUUAUAUUGUAA